GAUAGUAAUGAGAGUCUAUACCAGGUAGAGCUCAGAAGGACAUGGGAUUCCUGGUGCUGUGCCGUGGCUGGAGGAGGACGUGGCCUGGCUGUGCCAGCUGGCUGGGAGCCCCUCCGCCCCAGAAGCCCUUGCUCUCACCUCUUCUUCUGAAUCAUCGUUCUUCGAAGAGUUCAAGGCCCAAGCUACAAGCAGCUUGCUCCAGCAUCCAGGAGGUCCGGCGGUGCACACGCCUUGAGAUGCCUGACAACCUCUACACCUUUGUGCUGAAGGUGAAGGACCGGACAGACAUCAUCUUUGAGGUGGGAGAUGAGCAGCAGCUGAAUUCAUGGAUGGCUGAGCUCCGGGAGUGCACAGGCCGAGGGCUGGAGAGCACAGAAGCAGAGAUGCAUAUUCCCUCAGCCCUAGAGCCCAGCACAUCCAGCUCCCCAAGGGGCAGCACAGAUUCUCUUAACCAAGGUGCUUCUCCUGGGGGGCUGCUGGACCCAGCCUGCCAGAAGACAGACCAUUUCCUGUCCUGCUACCCCUGGUUCCAUGGCCCCAUCUCCAGAGUGAAAGCAGCUCAGCUGGUUCAGCUGCAGGGCCCUGAUGCUCAUGGAGUGUUCCUGGUGCGGCAGAGCGAGACGCGGCGUGGGGAAUACGUGCUCACUUUCAACUUUCAGGGGAUAGCCAAGCACCUGCGCCUGUCGCUGACCGAGCGGGGCCAGUGCCGUGUGCAGCACCUCCACUUUCCCUCGGUCGUGGACAUGCUCCACCACUUCCAGCGCUCGCCCAUUCCACUCGAGUGCGGCGCUGCCUGUGACGUCCGGCUCUCCAGCUACGUGGUAGUCGUCUCCCAGCCACCAGGUUCCUGCAACACUGUCCUGUUCCCUUUCUCCCUUCCUCACUGGGAUUCAGAGUUGGGCCUUCCCCACCUUAACUCUUCUGGCUGUCCCCGGGGGCUCAGCCCAGAGGGUCUCCCAGGGCGAUCCUCACCCCCCGAGCAGAUCUUCCACCUGGUGCCUUCGCCCGAAGAACUGGCCAACAGCCUGCGGCACCUGGAGCCUGAGCCUGUGAAUCGAGCCCGGGACUCGGACUACGAAAUGGACUCAUCCUCCCGGAGCCACCUGCGGGCCAUAGACAAUCAGUACACACCUCUCUGACCAGAGAGGAAUUCCAGGCCUCAACAGCUGCCCUUGAGGAACACAGGCAGAAGUGUGAACUUGUGAAUGUAAUUGAUCUUUCCUUCCUUCCAGAGAGAGAUUUAAGGGACACUGUUAACUGCUCGUGCCAGUUUGGACGUGACCCUUCUAUUAGGCCUGUUGAAGGGCCCUCCUGUAAGUUUCAUCUAUCACCUGGCUUUCUCCUUAUUGUUUACAGAUGUAGUUCUUGUUAGAGGAUGCCGCUAGCUCCUGCCCGGGGUCCCUAUGCCCAGUCCCUGUUACUCUUAGAGAAAGGAGUUGGGGUGAGGGCCAGAGCUGGCAGUGGAAACUUGUUCUCUUUUUCACUGACACUGUCACAGCAGAUGACAGACUUUCUAUGGGAAGUGGGGGUCAUCAGGAAGCCCAGAACACUAAUAAGCGGUUCUCCCAUCUACCGUCAGUCCAUGUGGCAGGUCUACUGUGUCCAUGCCACAGAUGACCACACCUAAUCCUGCUUCUACUCUCAGCUUUAGGACAAAAGCUCUGUCAGAGGGACAAGCUGAAGGUCAAAAAUGAUUUUAAACAUUUUACCUCAGACUAAUUUCUUUAAAGGAUUCAGGUUCAAAACUAAACCACUGCUUAUUUCAGUGCACUGUUUCAACUAACACCCAUGCAAUUUUUGUAGUCGGAGAGAGCUAUGCAAACCCUACCUAAUUCACAGUCUGAGCCAGCACGCUGACUUGUCUACUGCAUCCUCGGGACAGUCACUGCUGCUGAGCGGCCACUGUCCUUCCUAAAUGUCAAGAAGUGAAGUAUGUCACCCUUUCAGGGAAAUUCAGGCAAUUACUGAAAUAGGGUGGCAAAGAACAGUUCUACCCUGGUGCCUUACGAACAAAAAACUGGAUUCUGGUUUACAGCAGCUUUACAGUGAUAGUUAAAUUAACUGGGGUUGGGGGAAGAACAAGCAAAAAAGGAAGGAGGACUCCUGGGCCCUUUCUAGUAAAUCCUUCAACAACAAGGCUGGCUCGGUGCCCUCCAAGCAUCUAAUGGCUUAUUAAAUUAUCCCACAAGUGGGUUUUGGGCUCCUUUUUUGAGCCAAAAUGGAAGCUGGGAAUCUGGUGCCGUAACUAAUGAGAAACUCUUUUAAUAGCCCACAAUCAGUGUUCUGUUCCAGCUGGCUACUGCUUCAUUGGAUUGAGAAUGUAUCUCCAUGCACACAUGGGCGCACACAAUCUCCACCAUCCAGGGAGGUCCUGAAGUCAAAUCUCUAUCUAUACAAGUGAUACAAUUCAUGGGGGGCUGGCUCCUCCCAGAAUCUUUGUCUGGAGGCUCAGAAACAAGGGGGCAGUGACAGUGGAAUCAGCUGCUCUUGGGUGCCAACAGAGCCAUUCAGUACAACCCCCAGGCUCACGGCUGUGGCUUCUAGGAAACUGGGAGUUUAGAUCAGCUUUACAGAUACAUCAAUCAGAGGCUAAAAUGAAACCUUGGCCUAAAACUCGCAGGACUGACUGCCUGGGAGAAGGGUUAGGUCUGCUCCUUCUACUUAAGUCUCUGUACUCCAAGAGGUCAGAUUUCUUUUAGAAUUUUCUUUGGGUCUUUCAGAGGGUGGGGAAACACACCCCUCUGCACCACUGUUUUUCUUUUUUUUUUUUUUUUUGAGACGGAGUUUCACUCUUGUCAACCAAGCUGGAGUGCAGUGGUGCGAUCUUGGCUCACUGCAACCUCCACCUUCCUGGUUCAAGCAAUUCUGUCUCAGCCUCCUGAGUAGCUGGGAUUACAAGCGCCAGUCACCACACUCGGCUAAUUUUGUAUUUUUAGUAGAGACAGGGUUUCGCCGUGUUGGCCAGGCUGGUCUCAAACGCUUGACCUCAGGUGAUCCAUCCACCUUGGCCUCCCAAAGUGCUGAGAUUACAGGCGUGAGCCACCAUGCCCAGUCUGUACCACUUUAGUACCAACACUCCUGGGUGAUUUCAUGGACCCUAAAGCAGACCUGACACUGAUCCAGAUUUGCAGUCCAUUUUUAAGGACUGUCUUUAUCUCCUCAAAGUCAAGCAGCUUUCUCUGGAAAAUGAAUGCUAACUAGUGUGAACCAAAAGAGUAAGUAAUAGUCUGAAGUUUUUUAAAGGAGAAAGCCCAAAAGUCAUUGGUCCUCCCCUCCGCACAGGAAAGAUGCCCAGUAGAUAAUGAACCAAAUUAAGUUCCUUCCCUCCAGCCAGAAGUUAAACAUCUGGGAUAUGACGUCUUCACACCAGGGGCACUCAUUUCUUAGCAGCCUCUCUACACACAUCUCUCAGGUGGUGCCAAGAGGCACACCAGGUAGAGCAAACUUGGCAGCUCUAACAGGCUGCAAAGUACAACUUCAGAUUCCGUGGCAGAGAUUUGGAAAGCACCCACCUCCAGACUGCUUCCUUUCUAAACUCGUCCAAGUUACCAGGACAGCUCAAAUACAUGCUGACAAAAAACUCUCAUGGCCCUAGGAAGAAGUGACACUAAGCCAACGCCUUUUCUUUGUGCGGGAGCAGACCCAGCUGAUGAAGGGGUGGGCAGCAGUGUGGGGCAGGCACCCCACUGGCUGCAGCUAGCCCACCAUAGGCACAGCACAUCCCACCACUCUCCUUCUAGUCCCGACCAGGCCCCAGCCAGCAACUUCUACCGAGAGCCAUGGCUCAGCACCAAACUGGACAGUAGACAUCAUGAUCCCUCCAGUUAGCUCUAAAAUUACAGACCCCACCAGUAGAGCUUGACAGCUCCCGGCACCAUCACUUCCUUCAUCUGACUUUAUUGAACUUUUACAAACUAACAGUCACCAGCACCAAAGAAUUAAGUCAACUAACCUGCCUUGAAUUUUAGACCAGCAAUCCAUAUGGCUUUAUCUGGUAUAAAUCUUCUGCCUUUGAUCAUUUCUGGACCGUAGGAAAAAGGAAUAGCAAUCAUUAAAAUCUUGGGCCAGAGAACACUAUUUUUACAUAACAGUUUCUUAACCUAAAGUCAAGGCCUUGGACUCUUCCCUGAGGGUUGCCUGCGAUUCCUUCAUGCUUUCUAUUCAGGGCUAAGUCCCUUACUGCAAAUGUGUUAGCUCUAACAUCUCCCACAAGCUAGAGGAACUUGCGAGUAUAUUAACAAGGACACAUCUGACAUCCUGUAUUUGGUUAGAAUAUACAGCACAUUGUGAUAACAAAGUGGAUUCAUCUUGUAUCAUUAUAGGCAGAAGGUAUUUGGCAAAUUUUUAUGUAUUGUUUUAUGUACUGUACAAGUAACUUAUUCUUGAAUAAUGCAAAUUUUGCUAUAAUGUACAAAUUGCUAUAUGUGAAUUAAAAAGUUUUCAGAAUCUUGA